AUGGUUAAGAUCGCACCCUUUGCUGUUGAGCAAUGGAUGGACCAGUAUGAAAACACAGCAAAAUUCAAUAUUGCGGAAACUUGUGCAGCCAGCAUAUCCAUCAAUGAUCUCCUCGAGCUUUCCGAGAACAAGGCACAGAGUAGAGAGGCUAUUGAUGUGGCCGAUCGCAAGCUUCUCUACGGUCAGAUCCGAGGGGAUGACCAGCUGCGAAAGAACCUUGCAUCUCUUUACUCGGCACGAGCAGCAGGCUUGACUUCAGAUGGCAUUCUGAUCACGAACGGCGCAAUAGUAGCCAACUUUCUGGUGCUAUAUUCUCUUGUUGGCCCAGAAGAUCAUGUUAUCUGUCAAUACCCUACAUAUGAACAACUCUACCAGGUCCCAGCCUCGCUAGGAGCCGAAGUGUCCUUGUGGAAGAUGAACCCAUCGAGCAAAUGGAAGCUGGACCAGGAAGAGCUCAAAAACAUGAUCAAGGACAAUACCAAGCUUAUUGUCCUCAACAAUCCCAACAACCCGACUGGUGCAAUUGUUCCAAAACCACAACUCGAGGAAAUCAUGGAGCUCGCUGCAGAAAAGAAAAUUACAAUUUUGUGUGAUGAGGUUUACAGGCCAAUCUUUCACUCAAUUCAACCUAGUUCUGACGACUUCCCGCCCAGUGCCAUCAACAUGGGUUACGGCAACGUUAUCGUUACAGGCUCUUUCAGCAAGGCCUAUUCGCUGGCCGGUCUUCGAACGGGCUGGAUCGCGUGCAAGAACCAGGAAAUCAUCGAGAAGAUCGCCGAGAUAAGGCACUAUACUACAAUCAGUGUUUCCAUGCUGGACCAAGCUGUUGCUGCGGAAGCAGUCAACGACCGCUGUGUUCAUGCUCUCCUGAGUCGGAACAUACAAUUGGCCAAGAAGAACCUCGAGACACUCUCCGACUUCAUAGAUGAGCACAACUGGGCUUGCUCGUGGGUCAAGCCACUAGCUGGUACAACCUGCAUGGUUCGCUUUCACAAGACGGGCAAGCCAAUAGAUGAUGUCGUAUUCUGUGAGACAUUGCAGAAAAAGACUGGUGUUAUGUUCGUACCUGGCAGUAGAUGCUUUGGCCAUGGCACAGACUUCAAAGGACAUGUUAGGAUCGGAUUUGUGUGCGAACACGACGUUUUGAAGGCCGGUUUAGACGCACUGCGCACAUUCAUGGAGGAGGACUUUGCUGAUCUACCUACUGUAGCAAAGUAG